AUGGAACUAUUGAGGCGUGAUCGUCCAACGCGAGGUGGGGACGUGUUGCUCUGCUAUCAUAAUAGCUUGGAAUGCGAGCAAAUUGAGUGCCCGUUCGCUGCUUCAGAUCCGUUAUGGUGUAAAUUGAAGCUAACACAACACGAUAUCGGGCUAAUCGGUGUAGUUUAUCGCCCUCCUUCAUCAACAGAUUCAUCAAAUGAGACUUUGUUGCAAACAAUGUCCUACGUCUUGUCAUUGAAUUUCACCUACGUCCUUGUUAUGGGUCACUUCAACGGUCCAAAGCUGAGCAACGGAACUACAUUGUGUACGCCAUUUGAACGACAAUUGAAGCAGUUCAUCCAGUCACAUCCGUAG